UCCUGGCAGCAUCAGCACCCCAGCUUCUUUCAUUUACCAGACAAACAGACAAAGCUCUCUCCUCUCCUCGCUUCCUUCUCUCCCAUCUCCACAGAAAGCUCUACUCUCUCUCUCUCUCUCGUUUUGCCGAUUCCGAAACCAAUCUGUUGUUUUCUUUUUCUCAUCAAGGAAGAGAGAAAGAGAUAUGCAAUCGGUGGUGUUGAACCCAACUUGCUACUGCAGGGCUCAACAAGGCCUAGACACCUCCUGCAGCUCUCCUCCCCCUCCUGCUAUUCUUUACAAGAGUCGUUCGAGCUUUUUUGGUACCCAUUCGAGGAGCCCCGGUCACCUGCGGCGAGGCAUACCUUGCCGUUCCUUGCGAAUUCGAUCGCCUUCUUUCACACGGAGGAGGCCAGUUGUUAAGGCUGUUGCUACUCCAGAUUCAGCGGUAGAAUUGCCGUUGACUGCAGACAAUGUUGAGAGUGUAUUGGAUGAGGUUAGACCUUACCUGAUUUCAGAUGGUGGUAAUGUGGCAUUGCAUGAGAUUGAUGGAAAUGUUGUCCGAUUGAAAUUACAAGGAGCAUGUAGUUCUUGUUCUGCUUCGGUUAUGACGAUGAAGAUGGGUAUUGAGCGUCGCUUAAUGGAAAAGAUUCCUGAGAUAGUUGCAGUAGAAGCUGUAGCGGAUGAAGAAACUGGGCUUGAGCUGAACGGAGAGAAUAUAGAGAAGGUACUGGAAGAAAUAAGGCCAUACCUUGUUGGGGCAGCAGGAGGAUCUCUUGAACUAGUGGCAAUUGAGGAACCAAUAGUUAAAGUCCGAUUAACAGGGCCAGCAGCUGGGGUCAUGACUGUACGAGUGGCUGUCACCCAGAAAUUACGCGAGAAAAUUCCAGCCAUUGCUGCAGUUCAACUCCUAUGAUACACUUUCAGAUUUCUAGUCCAGAGCAUGAGAUUAUCAAAUAAAAGGAGUCAUUGAACUCUUAAUACCUGUAUAAAUACCACAUUAGAUUGUGUACAGUGUAGAAGGAUGCAAUCGUUGGAUACUGAUAUUUUGAAAAUCCAAUUUGAGGAAAUUGAAUUUGCAAA